GUGAUGACGACGCGCGUGUCACAUCAGCGGUGCUAGGAUUAUAUGCGUGCCAAUUCCAAUCCCUGUCCUCUUCCUCGUACCCCCAGUCCUGCCAUCUCUUCCCCUCGUCUCAUCCCCCUACCUACGCAGAACAGGUGCCAAGUGCCAAGUGCCUGCAAAAGGCGCGGGCUCUUCUUGUCGGGCGCCGCCGCCGCGUGAAGAAGCCCUCGAGCACGAGGCCCAUGGCGACGGAGCAGUUCGUCCUGUUCAUCUUCAUCUUCAUCUUCACGUGCUGUCUUCUGUCCUCCCGGCUUGGAUUUGCUGAUGCGUAUGAUCCGGUGGAUCCAAACGGGAACAUCACCAUCAACUGGGAUUUUCUGUCCAUCGACCCUAAUGUGUACGCGGUACGGGCGAGCAUCCACAAUUACCAGCUGUACCGCCACAUCGAACGCCCGGGGUGGCGGCUGAGCUGGGUGUGGGCCGGGCGCGAGUUCAUCUCGGACGUGGUCGGCGCGGAGACGACGGAGCAGGGCAACUGCACCGGCCUCCAUGGCGCCCGCGGCGCCCCUCCGCAUUGCUGCGAGAAGCAACCAGUCAUGGUGGACCUGCCGCCGGGCGCGCCGUACAACAGGCAGACCGCCAACUGCUGCCGCGGCGGCGUGCUGUCGUCUGUCACGCAGAACAACAGGACGGCCACCUCGCAGUUCGAGAUGUACAUCGUCAAUUUCGAACUCGACAAGCACGGCGACAUCAAGAUGCCGACCACCUUCAACAUCGGCGUCCCCGGCUACACCUGCAGCAACGCCACCACUGUGCCCGCGACGAGGUCCAAGGUCGACGAACAGCGGCACGAACAAGUUCUGCUGACAUGGCAGAUCAUCUGCUCGUACUCGCAGUUCAGGGACGCCCCGUCGCCGUCCUGCUGCGUCUCGCUCUCGACCUUCUACAACAGCACGAUCGUGGGGUGCCCCACGGACAGCUGCGGCGGUGCAGGCUCUCCCUCGGCGCCUCAGUGCCUCAGCGGCGGCGAGCAAUCCAAGAUCCUGGCGGCGCUGCCUGACGCCGACGGCGAUCCGCCGGCCCCGGUCAUCCGGUGCACGGAGCACAUGUGCCCGAUCCGGGUGCACUGGCACGUGAAGCAGAGCUACCGGGGGUACUGGAGGGUGAAGACGACGGUGACGAACUACGACGUGGUCAGCAACUACACGGACUGGAACCUGGUGGUGCGGCACCCCAACCUCCGGAGCCUGACGCAGCUCUUCAGCUUCAACUACCAGCCCCUCAUCGAGUACGGCACCAUCAAUGACACGGGGAUGUUCUGGGGGAUCAAGAACUACAACGAGAUGCUGCUGAAGGACGGGAACGUGCAGACGGAGAUGAUACUGGAGAAAGAGCCGAGCGACUUCACCUUCUCGGGGGGCUGGGCGUUCCCGAGGAGAGUCUACUUCGAUGGGCACGAGUGCGUCAUGCCACCGCCGGAUCAGUACCCUUCGCUGCCUAACGCGGCUUGGGACGUGCGUGUCUCGGCGGUGCAGCGGUGGCUGCUCGCCGGCUCUUGCCUGAUCUUGCUAUCACUGUUCCUUCUCGUGUAAAGAUGAUACCUGGCUAGCCCUGAAUACAUGGGGUUUGAGUCUCUCAGUUUAAUUUUCCCCUGUACAACAACUAAUCUAUAACUCUUCAUUUA